AUGUGUCUAUCCACAACCAUCUGCGAAGACGACAUCAACGACGAACGCUUGCUCCGAUCCCCGGUGGGCGGCUCGACCGAUUACGCUGAAGAGGGCCUCGCUGGUGGUGUGUCGGGGGUGUUAGCCGGCGAAUUGAUUUGUCCCAUAAAUGCAGACGAUAUUAGCAUACGCUGGAUGAAAGCCUAUGUGCCAACACCCGGUCAGAAAGUUAAGGCGUAUCAGCCGUCAACAAUUUCAUUUCUCUACCGCUCGCUGAAGGCAUAUUCGGGGAUGGCCUUUCAUGGUAGCGGUAUCCCGCCGUUUAUCCACCCGGCACAGCUGAGCUCGAGCAACAAUCUUAUGACGCCAGCAGCGGCAAAUGACGUUCGCAUAUCUUCAGCAGCGCUCACGACGUGCCUAGAUCUGGUGCACACCUGUGACAUGACGGUUGCAGGCCCAACUGAGGCUGCUGCGGGCAUGAUAAAGCGCGAGAUGGACCGGAUCUACGCGGACGCGCAGCAGCAGAACCUGGCCCGCACCGUUAUCGACCACUGGGCGUCACUCGCCGCUUUCCAGGCAUACCUGCUCUAUGCCCUUGUGCUAUUUUUUCAGCUCGAUCACCAGGGCGACCCGUUUCUGAGCCAAGCAAUUAUGGCCCUGCAGGACAUUGCAUGCACCAGUUCCCAGCACGGACUCGUGUGCAAGGCCGAGCACGACGUUGCAUGUCCACGCUGGGCCGCUUGGGUUGUCGCCGAGGCCAAGCGGCGGACACUCUACGUUGUAUAUUUGUUUGACAGCGUGCUCUCGGCGCACGACGGGCUGCCCACGUACCUUGGUACAGAAUUGCGCGGUCUGCCGGCACCUAGUAGCAAGGCACUGUGGCAGGUGUCGACUGCGGCAGACUGGAACCGAGCUUAUCGGCACCAUCUCGACACAUGGACGGACACAGGGGAUACUAACAUGAACUACGCUGGUUUGCGUAUUGACGAGCUGUGGCCGUAUACAGAUCCUCAAGACGCGCCUGGGCUUGCACGUCGGCAACGACGAGUUGACCAAUGGCUGGAAAGCGUUGAUGAAUAUGGUACUAUGAUGUAUGCAGUCACAAGCAGCACGCAUGGGGGAUGA